AUGGAGGUCGUGGAUUACGUUCUCGUUCCCACCAAGAAGUUCGCCAAGGAUUCGUUCCACUUGGUGAAGCGAUGCACCAAGCCUGACAAGAAGGAGUUCAUGAAGAUCGCAAUCGCCACUGCCAUCGGCUUCAUGAUCAUGGGCUUCAUCGGCUUCUUCGUCAAGUUGAUCCACAUCCCCAUCAACAACAUUCUCAUCGGAGGCUAA